CAGAUUGCUGGAAGCAGAAAACAGACUCGCGCGGGUUCUCUGUUUCUGCGUUGUGCAAGCUGGUGGUACAACUUGAGUUUAACACGAAAAACCACUGAAAUACCACCAACGUGUUGGAUUUAGCGACCUUACCCGUGUCAUUCCGAUAUCCUGUUGCCUGGCCGUGCAGUAGGUGAGAGAGAUGAAGCAGGAGCCGGCAAGAAGUCCCAGCUACGCCUUGCCAUGUGAGGAUUAUGUCCAUGUGGUGGAGUUCAGCCCCUUUGAAAGCGGAUCUCCUGCUUCACUCAUAGCUUAUGGUGGCAACCAGUUCGUUGUGGUGGGAACAUGCAGAUUUCAGGAGGAAGACACGGAGGUGGAGGGCGUCGAGUACUGUGCCCUCCGGAUGUUCCUGCAUGGCGUUCCAGUGCAGGCCAUUGCAUGGAGCCCCGAAUCUAGGCUGGACUCCCUCCCACAGCAGAUCAGACUAUGUACUGCAGGUGCCGACAAAAAGUUGAGACUCUUAACCUCAGAUCUUCGGGAGAGAAGUGAUUUGAGGGUAAUGGAAGGCCAUACUAAUUAUAUCAACCACUUGAAUUUUGAACCCAGAGAAGGCAAACAGAUUGCAUCAGUCAGUGAUGACCACACCUGCAGGGUCUGGGAGUUAGACGGAUCUCAGAGUGCCUCGUUUCUGCUUCGCUCACCCGGGAUGAGUGUCUGCUGGCACCCAGAAGAGGCUUUUAAGGUGGGCACAAUUAACAAGUGUGCAAUGAACAAGCCACGUUAUCUCUCUAGCACGUUUGGUGUGGUUUUUAAAUGCAGUGUUGGGAUCGUGUUAGGAUCGAGCAGCAGGAAUACCUCCAGCAGUGACCCGGAGGCUUUGCAUCAAGAUCUGGAGACCCUGGUAGGAAUACCUAGAAAGUCCAGGACUGUGAAAGCCAUCGCUAAUGGAGUUGACCUUGAGCAAGAGUGGAGAAAACAGCGAAAGCGUUUUGUCAUCCCAUUUUCAACCACAGGCUCCGUCACAGUGCUAAUCUGGUCAUGUGACCAUAUUCCAGUGCGGUUCGGUGUUAACUCUGGCCAAGCUGAACUCUGUACCCCAGUAUCUGUGCAAUCUGAAUCUUUUAUUUUUACUUGUAGCUACCCACAAGAAAAGAGGCCUGCGCAUGUGGACUGUGCCCAGCGAUUCAGGUGGUCCAGAGUCAAUGAAAAGCUUUUCGCAACAACUGGGUACCCAGGGAAGAUAAACAGCCAGCUGCUGAUCCAUCACCUGGGCCAUCCACAGCCGGUGAUGAUUGGAUCAGCUUCUGUGGGGGCGGGGCUGAGUUGGCACAGGACCCUCCCACUGUGUGUGAUUGGUGGAGACCGGAAGCUUUUGUUUUGGAUGACAGAAAUGUAAAAUCGGCUGCAUAAUAUGUUCUGUUAAAAUGGCUACAAUUUCAAUAAAAACUUUUUUUAUAGAAGUGUAUCAGUUAAACAAUGA